AUGCUACCCACCCUCCAUCGCAUUCGUCCACGCCUCCAGCUGGCCCCGAAGCCCUUCCGCCGGAAACCCACCGCCCACCGUCCUUACCUCUCCCCUCUCCGCUUCCUCUUCCCGCACACACGCCUGCACGCCCGCCAGCGCCUCGAAACCUUCCGCCACGAGUACCUGCCUUCGCUUCGCCACCGAGCCCAGUCCCGCAUCUGGCAGUACAUCCUCCGCCGCCAGCAGAAACGACUCCGCAAGGCCCAGAACGCGCUCGGAAAUUUCCGCGGCAGUCGCAUCCUCGCGCUCCUGCGCGGAACGCGCACCACGCUGAACGACUCCCCCAAGGAAAAUGUCCACAGCGACGGAGACGGGUCCGGCAAGAUGAGCUCCCUCGGCGCCGGUCGAUACUAUUCCGGUGCCCCUUAUGUCGAAUCUGACACUGACGAUGGUACUCUCUCAGGCUUACGCACGGAGCGUGAGCCCGGUGCACGCCGGAAGAAGCUCGCCGGCUAUCUGAAAGCUGCCAAUGAAUUGCGACAGGCCUACCAGCAAAGUUAUACCCGAGGAUGGGGCAGCGGUGGAGGAGACAGACUCGACUGGGACCAAGGCGACGACACCCCUGGAGCCUUCCCGGAUGCCGCCAUAAUCAGGAGUGGCGAUGAGGAAAUGGUCUUGUUCCCGAGCUAUGCCAGAAAGCAUGUAAAGCGGAAGCCUCAAGCCGUUCCCGGCACCAUUCAGGAGUCCCCGGGUUAUGGACGAGAUGCGAGAGACUCUGCCGGAGCUGGAGAUGCCGAGUUUUGGAGGAAGGAAUUCGAAAAGUACGAGGAUGACAACGCCGUUGUCGACGUGGAUGUACGUGGCUGGAUUUACUACCCCCAUCGAGGCCAGAUGACCCGGAAACACAGGCUGUUCGUUGGCCUCGCCCGACAAUUGGUUGGCCUUCCCGCACCGUCAUCGAAAAGCAGCAGACCACCCAGCCGUGAACCGAGCCCGCACAGAUCCAUCGCAGAGAAGGCCCGUGAAAAGAGUGCAAGACAAGAGGAGGAGUUGGUCGAGAAGGAGGCCAUUUCGAUUAUGAGGCGGGGAGAAAUGGAGAUUGCAAACGCAGAGAAGGGAGGCUACAGCGAAACUCCAUCGAAGGGGUCUGACUCUGACAGCUUGUACACAACACGAUCACGGGACGUAUCGCCAGCAAGAGGACGUCCUGGCAGACUGGGCGAGCUUUCUGAGAAUGACGCUCUUCAGAAGACUGGGAUGCAGAAGAGAGAAUCGUGGAUCCAACCUGCCCACAUGAACCCUUCUGAGCUCGAGGUAGCGAACAAGCACCUGAUGAGCCGCUUGUUACCGUUCUUGUCAAACCCUCUGGCAAACACUCCCAUCUCCAUUUUCUUCUACAACGAGGAGAUAUCGCGGCAGCGCACCAUCUACACCGAUGCCGCCGGCCACUUCACCGUUCGAGCUGCCCUGGACUUCGUUCCGACCCACAUCAGAGUCAUCGUCUCGGAAACCCUCUCGACCACCGCUGAGGUCCACAUCACGGAGCCGAAGGGUGUCAGCCUGAUCAGUGACAUUGAUGACACCAUCAAACACUCGGCCAUUAGCUCCGGAGCCCGCGAGAUAUUCCGGAAUGCAUUCAUCCGCGAACUGGGGGACUUGACGAUCGAAGGAGUACGGGAGUGGUACCAUGCCCUCUAUGACCAGGGGGUCAGGUUCCACUACGUGUCGAACUCGCCGUGGCAACUUUACCCCGUUAUCUCUCAGUAUUUCAAAUUGGCCGGCCUCCCGCCUGGCUCCUUCCAUCUUAAGCAAUAUAGCGGCAUGCUGCAGGGGAUCUUCGAGCCGGUAGCGGAGCGGAAGAAAGCCACACUGGACCGGCUGGCACGAGACUUCCCGCAGCGGAGUUUCAUUUUGGUUGGGGACAGUGGUGAGGCAGAUCUGGAGGUCUACACGGACUUCGUCCUGGAGAACCCCGGGCGCGUAGUGGCCGUCUUCAUCAGAGAUGUGACCACUCCGGUGCAGAAAGGCUUCUUCGACCCCUCAACGGGCCCUUCUGGGUCCGGGAAGUCGUCAAAGCGCAACUCCAAGGUGCUAAGCGGCAGGCGCUCUGCCCGAUCAUCGAGAGCGUCAGAGGACGACGAUCCCGAACUACGCGCUGCGAUCGCCGCUUCACUACGAGAGUUCGAGGACUCCGGAGGUCGAUAUCCGGUAUGGACCCCGGGACACAGCCCGACCAAUAGUGAGUUUGAGCUUGCGGAGAAGCGGCCAGCGCUUCCUCCACGCAGACCCACCGAGCCGGCUGCGCCAGAGGCCCAUAGGAUGAACCCUCCCAUGGGGAAAUUGAUCGAUCUAUCUGAUGACGAUGACGCCGCAUCCGUCACUUCGACUAGCUCUGCUCCGCCUCCACUUUCCCGCAAUAUUUCUGAUCCAACGUCGGAGAGAUUGCUCGAGCCAAUUGCGGAAGCUCCAUUGCAAAGAAGCAACGCCAUCAGGGGACGCACGUCGCCAUCGUUUGGGGAGCGUAGGGCGCCUCCUGCGAAGCCAAACGGCGCGAGAGACAGUCCAACAAGCCGCACGCCGACGCUCUCGGCGAACUCGCCCAGCAUUGGGAAUGGCGAUUUCGAAAACCGGCGGCCGUACACGGCAAAUGCUGCUUCGGGAUCGUCUACGUCGCUCAACACCAAACCGUCGUUUGCGUCGAAUGCGUCAGGUGCGACACCAACGUCUGCGCCCAACGGCGGGGCUGCGAGCACGGGCAACAAGCGUGAAGACCUCUGGCGGAAACGAUUGGCGAGGGCAGAGCAGACGCUCGGGGAGAGAGGAGUCGUGCUGCGGACUUGGCGCGUUGGCGAGGAUGUGAUGGACGAGGCAUUGAAAUUGGUUUCGACGACGCUGGAGCGACAGACUAGGGAGCGCAGUGACAGCAAGGGGGACGAGCUGCGGCUUAUCAGUGAGCAGCGGAUCAACUCGGGACCAAGGCGAUAA